AUGACUCAGUUUCUCUCCUUAUUCAGGGAAAAAGUGACGGAUGAGACAUGGUUUGAAAACAAUAAACUGAAUACGCUGACUGAGAAAAACACUCAGCUAUUUCGUAGAAUAUCAAGACUUGAAGAAUCUUUAAAUUCGCUGAGGAAUAUUAAACCAGUUGAAAGAACACAGUAUGAAUUGAGCAACAAAGUCAAUGAACGUAUCUUAAAAGACAAAUACUCUUCGUUUCUGCUCCAUGAUUCACCUGAUCAGAGGAUAUUUGGGGAUCAGAAAAAUCUAUAUUACAAUUUAGAAACAAUAAGUAUUGAUAAACGUUUAGAAGCUAUGGAAAAGAAAUUGCGUAAUCUCUUUGUUGAAUCAAAUACGUCAGCUUCAUCAGAUGUUUUGAAUAAAUAUGCAGUAAAAAUCGUUACAGAAACUUACCAUCCAAUUACAACAUUCAAUCAACACUGUGCAGAGUGUUGUAAAAGUACAAAACAAAUAUCUUCAAGAUGGAAUGAUUGUUUACACUUAGAUCUAAAUGAAUUGCGAUCUUGUAGUCAUUGUUUAAAUCACUCAGCUCGUAGUAAUUGUACAGUUCAAACGGUGGAUAUUCUCAACAAAUGUCAAUAUAUUGAUAAAUCAGUUCAAACAUUAUGUAAUGAAUCAACAACUAUUGUUACAUAUCCAAAAUACUUUAAUGAAAAAGCAACAAUUACAAAUGAAAAUCAAAUUAUUUCAAAAUUGCAAAUGAAUAAUCAAUUAACUUCAUUGAUUUUCCCCCCUAAUAAUCAUUCACAUAUUAAUCAAUCAAUAAUCGAUCGAAACGGUAUUUCAAAAGAUAAUGAUGAUGAUAAUGAAUCUGUAUCUAAAUGAAUAUCAAUUUUUUUUUAAUAAUUAGUUUACAUCUAGUGAACGCCUUGAUAUUAUUGUAACACCCGAUUUUGAGAAGGAUAGAUUGAAACAAACUGAUUAUUUAAAAGUUCAAUUAAAUAAUAAUCAACAUAUUGGUUUGGAUCAAAUAAGACAAACACAAAGUUUCGAAUCUGGAUUGAACAAUGAAGAAAAUUAUAUUGAUAUUGAUAAAAUUCCUGCCACUUCAAGAUCAUAUAAACAAAACAAAACUUUCGAACCUAACCUUUAUUAUGGAACUAUGGAACCGAGUAUUCACAAUUCUCGAAAACAAUCUACAUUAGAAUCGUCUUUCGAAACAAUAUAUGAUCAAACAAAAUUGUGCUAUAAACUUUAAUACGUAAAAGUUUAUUGGGAAUUUGUAAUUUUCACAGCCAAUCAAGUAUCGACGAUUAUUUGAACAGAAAUUAUCCAAGAAAAAUAAAAUAAAAGUUAUUCUUGAACAAUAGUUUUUUUUUAUACUUGACUCUAAAUAGUCUAUUUCUUGCAAGAAAAUGAUAAACUCAGUGCUAUGCUGAUGACUACGGGAAUUUUCAGUAUUUAGUGAUGUACUAUUGACAUAACUCCGCCUGUAGCUCUUCUGCCGGUCCCAAGCCUGGGUAAAGGAGUAGGAGUGGGAUGUUGUUAUCAACUCCAUCCCGUAGAAAACAAACUUGCUAAGAAAACGCUAACCAGAUUAAACAAAUUAAACCAUUUAAACUCUGCCCCCGGAUUUAAAGGGAGAAUUAUAACGCUUCAUAAUGAAAGCCGAGAUUCUUCGGACGUCACGCGACCGAUGUCCCUUCUAACAACCAGGUCAACAAUUUUUAUAGGUACAUGGAACGUCCGAACAACGUGAGAGACCGGGAGGACCAAUCAAAUAGCAACGGAAAUGUGGAAAUACAAAUUAUCGGUACUCGGAAUUACCGAAACCCAGUGAACCCAAGCUGGACAGAAAAGGUUAGGUACAGGAGAGAUGCUGCUGGAAUCCGGUCACGAAUAGAAAAAUGCUUCACAUACUCCGGAAGUUGUUCUAAUGCUGUGCAAAAAGCACGUAAUGCGCUUAUAGGAUUGGAAUCUCACGGAUCAAGGAUCAUCAAAGUAUCCUUCAAAACAAAGAGUCAGUCAGCUACAACGUAGGAC